AUGCGCCUUCUCAAUUUCUAUCAACUCUGGCUAGAUAAUCUGUACCCGCGUGCGAAAUUUGCAGAUGGACUCGCCAUAAUUGAGAAACUGGGCCACUCGAAACGGAUCCAGAUAAUGCGAAAAGAGUGGAUUAAUGAAGGGAAACCGAAAUCCCACGCUAAUGAAAGGGAUAUAGACGAAGAGAUAGGAAACCACGCGAGUCAGCCGCCAGCUGCGAACGAUGUGACCAUGACUAACUACGAGGAUGCGCGGAACGGAAGAAACAGUGAAUUAUUUCCCACGAACACAAAUACAAAUGCCACACGGCAAGAUGACCAAGAUCAUUGCAAGGGCGAUGAUAUGCUGGACAAUCAAGUAUCAUCCAUAUUAGGCACAGGAACAAAAAUUCCAGGUCACAUGUUUAGCAAUUUUGGAAAGGAGGGAAGCUUAUUUGUUGGAGGUGAUCGAGAUAACGAAGUCGAUAAACCAACACCAAAUGUUGAAAAUGGGCCUGAAUAUGACGAACUAGAGGCUCUCUUAGCUGAGACUGAGGGUGGUGGCAUGCCUGCUGCAGAUCCAAAAUCAAGUUCGGGUUCAGGUUCGGGUUCAGGUCCGCCACAAGGGGCUUUUGAUGAUUUAGAUGCGAUGGACAAUUAUGACUUUUAA